GCAAUAUUUGCGACGGCAAUCCAAAAUUUACGACUCUUCCUCCCCGCCCUCACCCUAACGAAACUAAUCUUUGACUCCAACACGUUCAAGGAUUCACAGCAAAAAUGGCCAAAUUAUCGUAAGUUCCCCUCUAUACCCCACGAUCUAUGGCGUGGAGCCUAUGGAAUUGAGAAGCUUGGUGCGCCGUUCCAUCUGCGAGGUGCGGCCCUUCACGGAUUUCGAGAGCUGCGCGGAUGGGAUUGGAGCCACCAGAGCUGGCGAGACGAAGUGGAAUUAUGGGAGGGAUAUCAAUGGAUGAUGGAGCUGGAGAAAUUGAAUGCUGAUACUUUUUUGCGUAUAGACGUGGUGCCCCCGGUGGCAAGCUUAAGAUGACCCUCGGUCUUCCAGUGUACGUUCCCCUCGUCCUCGAAUGUACGAACCAUUCCUCGACCUCGCGACUCGAUCUCCUUUCGCCAAUCACAUACAAACGUCAUGAAAAAUGGAAGAUGCAAUUAAGGAGCAAAGACUAACGAAUUGGACAGCGGAGCCGUCAUGAACUGCUGCGACAACAGCGGAGCCCGAAAUCUCUACAUCAUCUCCGUCAAGGGUAUCGGUGCGCGUCUUAACCGUCUGCCAGCUGGUGGUGUCGGUGAUAUGGUCAUGGCGACUGUUAAGAAGGGAAAGCCUGAGUUGCGAAAGAAGGUCAUGCCUGCUGUUAUUGUUAGACAGUCAAAGCCUUGGAGACGAACUGAUGGUGUCUUCUUGUACUUUGAGGACAAUGCUGGUGUUGUAAGUUUUGGAUCCCUCUUUCUUUUCUUCUUUUCAAAACUUCUGGAUGGGCUUGAGGGGGCUUGGAUGGGAAGCAUGGGAGGGAGAAUGUGGAAGAGUUGGGGUGGGACUGGGAUGGAGGUGGGGAUUGACGACAUAUUGGAAAGAACCUUCAACGUUAUGAGAUUCGGAAAGAGGAUGGAUAUACCAAGAGCAGAUGACAUACAUGGCAAAAUCAGCGCUAACAAAUUCUCCACAGAUUGUCAACCCAAAGGGUGAGAUGAAGGGAUCAGCAAUCACUGGACCAGUCGGAAAAGAGGCAGCUGAAUUAUGGCCAGUAAGUUUCCCCCUUCUCCGCCCCAAAUAAUAUCCUUGCUAAGUGAUGUUUCCAGCGUAUCGCAUCCAACUCCGGUGUCGUCAUGUAAAGGAUCCAUAUUUUGCAUUGGGGGUUUUUUACUGGCACUACUGGGGAAAUGAAAUUAUGGGAAUGAAGCGAAAUGGGGCAAUACCAAAAACUCAUAAACUCAUUUGAUCUGUUUUCUCUUUCACUCUGCUCUGUUGCUAAUAGCGUAUCGC